ACCUGGGCUGGGCAGAUUCCAGCUGUAGCCUCAGCCCUCCUCUCAGAAAAGCCACUCAAACGACAUGGAUAAUGCUACGCUAUUGGUUAAAUUUUUUAAAAAUUGCCUCUAAACUCUUGACAAGGACAUUUGGACUCAUAUAAUGAUUUGUUUACGGUAUUAGUUUGUAGGGAAAAGUCCUGGUGAUGCAGACAUAGGUUACCUCACCUCAGAGAGACGGUGGCGGAGUGAGAGUGUUAUUUUUAACCGGGUCCUUGCUCAAAGUCGCCCCGGCAAGUUCCAUUUGACCGAUUCCUGGGAGAUUUGGAACGGAUUCAAUAACGAAGGCGUUAUCAUGUCUCAGACCCCAGAAGAGCACAGUACUGGUGUCUUGGGUCGGAUCGGGAGCUGGUUCUCCCCCUGGAAAGAAAGAGGGAGCCCCAGGAGUCCAAGUGACGAUGCCUCUCAGUCCCCGACGGAAGACCAGAGCCCCAGGCCACAAGGAGAGGGGGCCCAGGAGGAGCCUGUGAGGGGAGAAGAGGAGCAGCAGAAGGAGGGACAGAAUUCCCAGCCUGCCCAGCGGCAUCUCUCCAGGGUUUUUGAGGAGUUGAAUACGGCGGACGCCAGAGCGUCUACCCACAGGGACAGCCCCCUCUCUGCAGCCAGCAGCCAGAGCGAGUGGGGAGAAGGAGGAGGUCCUAGGGAGGAGGAGUGGUGGAUUGCCUCGCAGGGAGAGGAAACGGAGGAGGAGGGGGGAAGGAGCAGUGGAGCGAGUGGGAAUCCUGCCCCGAAGAGGAAUGCCAGCCAUCUGACACGUGUUCUUUCAUCUGCCCUUGUAGAGGGAGUGGCCUGGGAGGACUUUGACCGACAGGAACACACCCAGGCCCUUCCCCGAGCCCAAGUCCAGGCAGGCAAGAGGCUGCAUGUGUACCUGGAGGAGACGAGCCUGAGCCUGAGCCAGAACGGAACGAACACCCACACAAAGCAGGAAGUGCCCCACGCCAUCAUCACCACCAGGGUGAAGAAAAGACUUCAGGUGGUUUCCAGAGCAAAAUCAUCCAAGAGUGUUGACUUGUCAUCAGAGAACACCAAUACAAAGGAGAGGACAGAGGAGCGCAAAAGGAUUUGUCUCAAAGCUGCUAUAGGGAUCAAAGGUCAUAGCAGUUACAGUGCCCUGGUGGGAGUGUCACUGAAGUCCCCCACAGAGACACAGACGAGCUCACAGACCCUCCCUGAGCUCUCUGGUGAAGAGGAGUCAGACAGAGACACAGACACGAUGGGCCGUAAGAACUCAGGCAAGAGGCGGUCCAGGAAGAACUCCUCCGGAGACGGAGGAGGAGCCAGUUCUCAGGAGAAUACACCCACCAAAACCCAGCCUGGACCCGAGAACUCACCUACAUCAUCGGAAUAUAACACACCUAAACCUGGAGACUCCACCCCCUCCUCUUCUAAAGACGAACAUGCUUCAGUUCCCCAAAAAAUACGCAGAGGGAAGGAGAGGGAGGAAGCCCAGGAGGACCUAGAUGCACCAGUACACGCCACCCUGGUGGCUGUGGUGGACGGGGAAGGGGACAUGGACAUAGACAUGGUUGACGACACUAGCCCAUGUCGGGUGGAGAGGCGCACGGAGAGCGCCGAGUCCAAACGCCGGAGCGUGAAGGUGUCACACAGCGAGGUGAAGUUCUUUGCGAAGAAAGUGAUGGUGAACUCGGAGCAGCCACUGAGUCCAGAGGGAGAUGGAGGACACAUAGCCGUGAGCUUUGAGAAAGGAAGAAUGGCUACAGGAAAGGUCACGGAGGGUCAUGAUACAGCUAAGGGAAAGGGCAAGGUGGAACCGAAGGUGACCAAGAGACCACCUGAUUUAAAGAAAGUGGACGAGGAUUCCAAGACUCCUCAGCCUAUUGGGCGGAUCGCAGAUAGGAUCAGCCUUUUUGAGGGGAGAGCGAUGGGGGUUUCCAGUCCCAGUAAGACUUACCCCAGGAGUGCAGAUGUUUCUCCCACCAGGAAAGUCACAGAGCAGCUAAGAACAAAUGUAAACAGAGAGCUCAGGUUGCCAGAUCAGCGGGAGAAAUCGGUGGAACGUGGCGAUGCCAGGUCCAGCUCGGCCCCCCCUGUUCGGGAGAAAUUAAAAACGAUACGGGAGCGGGCGAGGAACUUUGCAGAGGCUCAGAAGGUGGAUGAUGAAACAAUGGUACCCCAAAAGUCCUCUAGUAUUGCAGGAAUAGCUGAAAAGUCUACAGAUUCUGCUGUGUCAAAGACAACAAAACAGGACAUUCGGGGAAAACUGGCCAGCGGGGAAAAGACUCCUACUCGGAGCACCCCAAAGGCAGAGAUAACAUUGAAACCAGCGGAGCCAGAUACCACCCCAGUAGGGGUCAUGCCAGUUCCUAAAGCAGAUCAGACAGACUCCAAAACAAAGGACAAAGAGGCUACUGAAACAGUGGAGCUACCGAAGAGACCUACCAAUAUUGACCUAAAUACUUCAGUUAAAGGGGGGAGUAGCUCAGACUCAAGCCAGCUGACACCUCAGGUUGACUCAACCAAUGAGGUCAGCCCACAAUCCAAAGCCAACAGCAGACAAAACUCCAGGUCAAAGAGACGGAAAAGCAAAGGAGGGGAGUCAGCCAAUCACCUGAACCCGAGCUGUGACAUCAAACAGGAAGUGACAAACACUGAGCAGGAAGUGGUCAACAGCAAACAGGAAGAGGCAGGCACCACAAAGAAAAUGGCCACUGCAUUUGAGCAGGACGUUAAUACAGUUACAUCGCCACAAUACAGUCAAUCUGUAGACGUAAAAUCAGAUGUUAAAAAAGAGUCUGUUAGUGAAAACAGCCAACAAGUAGUCAUUAAAAAGCCAGCAGCCUCAGACAAGCAGAUCAAGUCAUUGUCAGAUGAAAAGGAAAUUUCUAACAAACCGUUAAAGGAAAAGAUGCAAUCACCCACACCUCCAAACGUCAACAAGGACAAUAAAAUGGCUACCUCUGAUCCUAUCAGUGUAAGAAAGGGGCCCAAUGAUAAAACUGUAGACAUUCUACCCUCACAGAGUUCCAAGGGAGAGAAGGCAGAGGGGGGAAGCUCUGAGACGACCUCUACCAUUAAGAUAAAUCUAAAUGUUUCCAAGGACAACAGCGAAACAUCCCUGUCUUCACAUUUGCCUAAGAAUAAACAGACUCUUGUUCAAGACCCCUCUCGUGUGGAGAAAGGCUCACCUGUCCCACACGCUAAAGUCGACAACAGACCAAUGCAGCCUGAAAAGAAAGCGGUGGAAAUGGUAAAACAGCCUGAGAAAAAUACAGAUACAAAGUCAGAGAAGGAUUUUCCUUCAGGCAGUAGACAAUACACCCCUGAGACAGCUGCUACUAAAGCUGUCCCAACCUCUGUAGCUCCUAUUAAACCUCCAGCCUCACUGACUCCUACACAGCCUUCUCAGUCAGAUAAAACUGCCAGUAUUGUCACUCAGAUUGAUGAGACAGCGAUGGGAAAAAAGAGUGAUAAAUGUGCAAUCGAGCCUCCUAAGGAAGGGUCGUCUACACGUGUGCCUGAGCAGAAAACAAAAUCGUAUCAUCAGGACCCUUUAUUAGAAAAGCAGCAAACCAAUGUCUCAAAGCAGACCCAGUCUGUAAUGUCAUCUGAGGUGAAGACAGAUAAACCUAGCCACGACACACUGACACACAGAGUGAGGCCCACCCCAGAACCCACCCCCUCAGUGCCUAGCACUACAGUGCCAGUAGUAGAGAAGGACACCUCUGUAAAAACAAAAAGCAAGGCCUCAAAACCUACAGAGGUAGAUUCUACUCAGAAUCCUUCAGAUACCAAAGCCCCAGAAAAGACAAAGGGUCAGGGGGAGAAAGAACUACCUGGGCCAAAGCCGAAGAGCAGUGAGGGGUCAAGUCUGGAUGUUGGGAAGGAGAACUCCACUGCUGUAAAAAAAGAAAGCAAGGCCUCAAAACCUACAGCGGUAGAUUCUGCUCAGAUUCUUCCAGAGACCAAAGCCCGAGAAAAGACAAAGGGUCAGGGGGAGAAAGAACUACCUGGGCCAAAGCCGAAGAGUGGUGAGGGGUCAAGUCUGGAUGUUGGGAAGGAGAACUCCACUGCUGUAAAAACAGAAAGCAAGGCCUCAAAACCUACAGCGGUAGAUUCUGCUCAGAUUCCUUCGGAGACUAAAGCCCGAGAAAAGACAAAGGGUCAGGGAGAGAAAGAACUACCUGGGCCAAAGCCGAAGAGCAGUGAGGGGCCAAGGCUGGAUGUUGGGAAGGAGAACCCCACUGUAAAGACUAUAGCCCCAGAGGUAAAAAAGUCAGAGGAUGUGAAGGAGGGGAACACUCCAAGCCAAUCACAGAGUGAGGACAGAGAAAAGACAGUGAUGUUGCCCAAUGGAAAGCUAGCAGAGGGAAAAUGGGAUGCACUUGAACAAAAGUCAUCUACUAGUAGUUGUACUACUACUGUGAAAGAAAGGACAACUGAUGAAAAGCAAGGAAUUGUGGUAACAAAUCCUACACUGGUUGGGAAUGUCGAGAUCCACCCGGUAACACAACUCAAGACAACCAAUGAGAAAUCAACAUUUUUCCCCAGUUCAGGCAAAGUUCCGAAGAUACUCUCUUCUACUGAAACCACCAAAAAACAGAGCCCAGUCUCUCCCCAACAUCCAUCCCUGAAUAAGCUCCCCUUACUGGGGGGCGGUGGCAGUGGCUUGCCACUCCAACGCGACACCCCCUCCAGCUGGCUAGACGUGGACCAUCGCUUUCCCAAGCCGAAGCUCCUCCGCCCCGCAGAACCCAAGCUCAGCUCAUCGGUCAGCGAGAGCAACCUCUUGGACACGUCCGGAGAACUGGACGAUGAUGACUUCAUCGAGAACAUAAAACGCCUUGGCGUGCCUUUCUCGUUGCCACCGCGGCAGAACCACCACCACCAUCCUCCCAAGCCACCAUUCGCAAUGCCCGCUAUCCGUGAGGACCGCUUCGAGAAGACCUUUGACCCAGAGGAGUUCCAGUUCGGCCUGAGGAGGAAGAGGGAGUUUUCUAUGGAGACGACCCAGAGUCUUCUGCCUAAGCUCCAGAGGAACCAGGUCAAAGGGGAUCUGAAGCCGGCCAGGGCCAGCAUCACAGACCGGGACAGGGGCAGCAUCCUACUCAAAAGCCUCGACACCCGUUCCAGGCUCCUCUUGGAGAGGGAGAAGACCACCAUGGAGGAGGGUGAGGAGAAGAGGAAGGAACGGGGUGAGGGGGAGGAGAAGGAAGAGGAGGAGGCGAAGGUGGUGAAACCUCGUAUGUCACGCUUGGAGGGGAGCUGUAUCCUUAGUAGCCUGAACAGCUCCUCCACCCGGGGCAAGAGGCCCGGAAUUCAACUCCAGAUGGACACCACUCCGGGUGGGGAGGUGUCUCCCACUGAGGCCCCUCACCUCCAGCCCAGCCCUUCACCAGUCACUAAGCCAUCCCAGACCACCCCCCCUUUCUCUGGGGAGCUCAAACAGGCAUUGGCCAAACAGCCCAGCCCUCCACCACCAGUCCCCCAGACUUCCCCCACUUCCUCUGGGGAGGCUACCAUCCAAAGUCGUAACCUGGGGAACAGGCCCACUGCCCAGACUGCUGUGGUCAGUGACUCAGCUUCUCCGUUCCCGUCCUUUAACGACAUCAAGCUGCCGGAGUAUUUAGAGAAGUACCUUCCUCUCCGAGAGCCUGCUGGGAAACUAGAGCUGAGCACAGGGCAGGAACUGCUCAACUCAGAGGUUAUUGGAGGGAUGAAGUCACUUGAAGGAGGUGGUAGAGGAGACUUGAAUAUCAGGCCUGGACUCCUAAUGCUGGAUGGAAGACCGAAUCUUCCUCUGGUUCCUCCAUCCUCCCUACUCGAGGCCAUGGCCCCUCUGGCUGGCCCACUAGGGACUCGUACUGACCAUAGAGAGGAUGUGAAUGGAUUCCAUAGGCGACCAGGAAAGAUGGUGUUGUUUGAGCAUGAUCAGUUUAGCGGCCAGACUUAUGAAGUCUUCAGAGACGUGGUGGAUGCCACCCAGCUCCAACUGUCUCCUAGGAUUUCUGUGAAGGUGUUGAGAGGAUGCUGGGUACUUUACGAGAGGCCUGGGUUCGAGGGUCGUUCCAUUGCCCUAGAGGAGGGGCCUAUUGAGCUAACCAAUGUCUGGGCAGAUGCAGGGCCACCAGGUUCACACCCCCAUGUCGACAUACCAAUGGUCAUCGGCUCCAUCCGACUGGCUGUAUGGGACUACAGCAUUCCCCAUAUUGACUUGUUCACUGAGCCAGAGGGCCACGGCAGGUUAGCACCGUACCAUGACGACACAGUAGAGAUCAGCUCCUUCGGUAUCCCACAGAACACAGCUUCCAUCAAAGUCAACUCUGGAGUGUGGUUGGUGUUCAGUGACCCAGGGUUCCAGGGCCUCCUGGCGGUGUUGGAGAAAGGGGAGUACCCCUAUCCCGAGGCCUGGGGGUUCAACACACCCUUCAUCGGAUCCCUCAGACCCCUCAAAAUGGGUGCCUUCAAGGUGGAGAAUCCUAAUGAAGUCAAGGCUGUGGUGUAUGAGCGGCCUGGCUUUGAGGGAUCCUGUCUGGAGAUCGAUGGGGAAGUGUUCUGUUUUGGAGAUGAAGGAGAUGAAGAGGCAUCAAACCUGGAGUCAAACAGACUGAAGUCAGUGGGCUCUGUGAAGAUCCUCAGAGGACUCUGGGUGGGGUAUGACCAACUAGGGUUUGAGGGUCACCAGCAUGUCCUGGAGGAAGGCGAGUACCUGGACUGGAGGGACUGGGGAGGAAUGACUGAUCAGCUGCUAUCUAUACGACCUGUACUGGCUGAUUUCAUGUCACCACACCUCAAGAUGUUCAGUGACAGAGACUUUGGCGAGCUGGGUGCCAACAUCGACAUCUUAGAGCCUAUCAUCAAUAUAGAGGACACCGGCUAUGGGCUGAAAACACAGUCGGUUGACGUUAUGGGCGGAGUAUGGGUGGCAUUUGAGGAGGCAGGGUUCUCUGGAAAGGCGUAUGUGUUGGAGAAAGGCCUCUACGGAAGCCCAGAAGACUGGGGGGCCCUCAGCUCCAAGAUCGCAUCCGUCAUGCCCGUCAUUCUGGAUAAUCUGGGAAAUUCCUCCAAGUUUAAGAUGCAGUUGUUCUCGGAGCCGGGGUUCCAGGGUUCUGUCCACGUCGUGGAGGACAGUGUUUCCGCCCUGCCACAUGGCUUUUCCCUGGGCUCCUGCAAGGUGCUGGCUGGCAGCUGGCUGGCGUUUGAGGGCCAGGGCUUCACUGAGAGGAUGUAUGUGUUAGAGGAGGGGGAUUACCCUGAUCUGAGGGCCAUGGGGUGCGUGGAGCCCAACUCCUCUGUCCUGUCCCUGCAGACUACUGGCUUUGAGUUCUCGCUGCCCUCUGUCACCCUGUUUGAGAGGUCAAGUCUGCGGGGGAAGAGGGUGGUUCUGACCGAAAGCUCGGUUAACCUGCAGCUUGCCGGAGGCUGCAGCCUGGUCCAGUCUGUCCUGGUGGAGGGAGGCAUGUGGGUGCUGUAUGAGGGGAUCAACUACCGCGGAGCUCAGAUUCUGCUGAAGCCCGGCGAGGUGCUCGAUUGGCGAACAUUCAGUAGCUGGCAGCGAAUCGGAUCCUUGCGCCCACUGAUCCAGCGACAGGUACACUUCCGGUUGAGGAGCCAGGAGGGCCUUCUAAUGUCUGUAACUGGGGAAAUGGAUGACAUCAAGCUGAUGCGUAUCCAGGCAACGGAGGAGAUGGGCGGAGUCGAACAGAUCUGGUUCUAUCGGGACGGCCAUCUCCACUGCAAGGUGCAGGAGGAUUGCUGUGUGGCUCCGUGCAGCGUGGCCAUUCCAGGCAGUCGUAUGGGCCUUUCACCUGAGCCUGGCAAACAACCCUCCUGCUGGAGCAUCACGCCUGAUGGCCUCAUCCGCUACACCGCCAGCCCUGACUUGCUCCUGGAGGUGAAAGGUGGUCAACACUAUGACAGAAACCAGGUGAUUCUCAACGCAUUUGAUCCAAACAAACCCAACCAAAGAUGGACAGUGGAGAUUCUCUGAGGUCUUGUUUUGAGAGGGAAGAACUAGGUGAAGUCUUUGAGGUGCAGUAUGGUGAGGGGCCUCAGCGCUCUGUGGCGCAGCUGCAGCGUGGGCCCCACACAAGUCUCAAGGACAAGAUGCCUCAGGAACAGAACAUUUGCUGCUGGAAGAGAAGCUUAUAUACAGUAUAAUCUUUCCUCUGAGGUCAAGAUGAAAAAUAUAUCACAUUUCCUGGAUAAUCUAUAAUAUCGCAUUACUUCUUCACGAACAAACAGGGACAAAACAAUAGUAUUCAUUACUACAUUAUGGGAAAAUGGACUCAGACUAAACUUGAAAUACUUUACCUACCCUUUAAUAUCUGAUAAUAUACGAGUUUGAUGAAUAUUUUUUGAUGAAUAUGUAUUGAUGAAUAUGUAUUGAUGAAUAUGUAUUGAUGAAUAUUUUUUGAUGAAUAUGUAUUGAUGAAUAUGUAUUGAUGAAUAUGUAUUGUUUUGACAUUUUAUUCCCUUCUGCCAUUAAUGUCCUUAUGUAAAUAAAUCUGCAAUGUGAUUAUAUUUUGUUAUCUAGAAUAUUUGGAAUAACAAAUUGCCUAACAAAACAUGUCAUAAAAGAAUGAAUCAAUUGC